ACCGGCGGCACGGCAGCAGUGGGGUAACGGGCUCGCCAGUCGUACGUGCGCAAUAGGCACCAUGCACCAUCGUCUUCCUGCUAUUCCCCUCAAUGUCGAGCCCCGUCACACAUUAUCGUCCCAAGUCCAUCAUCGCACCCGCUUCCACCAAGACCACAGAACUUCAAGUUGGUACCAGUAUGAUGGAUAUGUUGGCUCCUUACAUGCCUUCCAUGCAGCCCGGCAUGGGAUACAACUCGUUUCUUCAGGAGACGUGUAUGGCCGAUGCCGUCACGGUCGGGGAGGCGUCGCGGGGUCCACAGUCCACCAACUACAGCUGCAAGCUCGUGGAGAACUACAGAGAUAUUUUCUCGUCGCAACAUAUCAGCCCCGGCGCGGUCAUCAAACACGGACUCGCUAGUGUGUCCUCGAGGUUUUCGUUUUUCAGCCAGAAAAAGUUUGGAGAAGGCACCCUCAACUAUGUCAUCACCUCGUCCAUCCGGCAACGGCACGUCUGGGACCACGUGGAGUUUCAGUAUCUGAAGGCUGAGAAUAGGAGCGAUAGAAUGCUCUACGGUGACUGCUUCAUCAGAGGGUUUAUCGAGGGAACCGAACUUAUGGUGGUCGUGUCGUUGACCGCUAAGAAGGGGAUCAAUGUAUCUGAGCUGCAAAGAUUUGCAGGCCCAGCACUUGGUGUUCGAAACUUUGGUAUCAGGGGAGUAGCAGCAGCGGAUGUCGAGUUCAGCGAAGCAGUGGCGAAACUGAAGCAAAUGACAUCCUCCAGCGAGGUUUCCGUUGUCGCACAAGCAGGAGGUGUGCAAUGCGGUGAACUGGACUUGGAGGGUCUGCCACAAUAUCUGGCUCGCUUCGAUGAGAGCUCGAAACUGAAGCUGGUUCCAACUAGACUUUUUGCAGUCCUCACUCGGUAUCGCGAGUUGAGAAGCUUCAACGAAGCUUCAAUCGGUUUCAAACCGCUCGACUAUCAGAUCCUCGCGAUGCGGUCGACGACAUAUCGUAUGUUGGAUGCCUACCUCGAGUAUCAGUUACUGUAUUCUCUACUCAAGACAUACCGCCAAACACCGGAUAUCUUAGUCGGCGGUUCGGUAGCCUUGAGCAACGGCAUAGCUGCCUGCGAAAAUGAACUGGAGGUUCUUCAAACAAACGUUAAUCAAGCAGCGCUCCUACCGGAAAGCGAUGUGGUCUCGCCAUACAUGAAGCCCUCUGAAUUCAAUUCCAAAUUUCCUAUGGAGCUGCACACCGUCACCGUGUAUGCAGGCGAAGCGUUCCAACCGCACCGCUGCCUGUUCUCACGACAGCCCGUAGAUCACAGCGGCUGGACGGCGCGGACAAGCUUCAAAGCGUACCUAUAUCCCAACAUCUGUGGCGCGACCGUCCGAGUAUCGGUGGCUCAUGCCCAGACGCCCCACCGAACGAUGGUCCAAUUUGGCGAGCCACUGAAUCACUCCGGGUGGAAGGAGAUCCUAUCGUUCUACGUGUUUGAGCGCGAACAAGAGGAUUCCGAGCUGGUUUCGAUUGGCGAGGCUCCGUCGCCUCAUCGUUGCAUGGUGUCUAAGGACACGCAUCUAAACUUUCUUGGGUGGACGGAGAAGUUGCACUUCUGGGUUCCUAAAUGAUAUCGAAGACGGAUUUCUCCGUAGUGCCAUCCACCACUCGACCGUUAAGGGGAUGUGUCACAGUAUAGGACUGGUCGUGUCGUACCUAUCUCACUCACUAUGGUUCGAUGCGAUAAUGGGGACAAUGCGUGUGAAAUAGCUAGAACAUGGCAAGUGCGUUAUCCUGGUCCUGUUCAAAAUCCCGUGUACCUCGUAGAUAUGCGACAUGUAGGUACCGUAUCGUGUGUUCGAUCUCGAAGAAUGUGUUGCAAUAUAUUAGUCACGGGUAUUUACCCUAUCG